UUCCAGCAGGCUUUCAACAGCGAGCAACGAAAUUGUUCUGUAGAGAGUGGGAAGAAUUUUAUGCCACAGUGAGCAGAAGGGAGAAAGGAUACGAGAAAAUUGACAGUACGGUAAAGAAGAAGCUAAAAUUGUGGCGACGUGGAAGCGGAAGCGCAGCCGCCGCAGGCAGCAACUACGUGAGAAUGGACGAAUGCUCAAAGAUACAGGAAAUUACGCCCCAACGGGCUUCUGCCAGCGCUGGUUCCGCCCACAGCCCGACGCCGGCGCCGAGGCAGCCCUCGUGCACCAGUUCGCCCAGCUCUUCCGGGCCCCUCGUGUUCCCGACCUCCCCGCCACCUUCGUACGAGCACGUGCUGGCUGAGAACCGCAUGGCGGCGGCGCAGGCAGAGAGCUCUGCGGCCGCCGCAGCGGCAGCGUCGGCGGCGCAGCAGGAAGCAGGCACCCCCACGGGCAGGACGGAGAUUCUGCACAAGUCCAGCAAGGAGCUGUACCGCGCCGUCGCCGCGCAGUGGGGCAUCACCUGCAAGAUGAGUGACCACUGCCGCUGCCUCGACUGCCAGAGCCGAUACUUUGACUGUGAAUAUGACCAGAAUGAGCAAGAGAAAACUGAUGGAGGGCUUAGUGCUGGAACCCCAAUGUUCAUCUCUGAAGUCAUCCACGGAACAGCCUGCAGCAUUCUUUGAAUGCAUUUUCAUUGCAGAAUGGCCUAAAAUAUCAAAAAGUAAUAUAAAAAUUUAAAAAUAAUAAAUAUAAAAAUAUGUCAAUUGAACUGCUUAUAUAUGAAAUGCAGUAAUGUAAUACAUAAUCUGCUUCAUUGUUUUAACUAUAUCAUGAAGGACAAGUUCCACUAUAUUUUAUUCUUUAUAUGGGUGUGUUUUAUUGUAGCUAAUAUGACAUAUUAUGACAGCAAUACUGGUAGACACAAUAUCAAAAUUAUAUCUGGAGUUUUCCAGAGUUGUAAUUUUACACAGUUUUUCUUUGAAGUCUGGUAUUAGAAAAUGUAAUGUGGGGAUGUGUUGGAAGCCACCCUCACACAAGCCACCAACUAAUUUUACAUAAUCUAUCAGUUUCUCAUCAUAUAAAAAAUAAAUAUAGCUUUUACAUUCAAGAAAGGUAAUAAUGAAUGCAGACAGCAUAUCUUAAAUUCAUAAAUCGCAGACAGUCUCUGUCUGAAUACAAGUUAAUCUCAUAUGGUGAAUACCAGUAACAAGCUGUCAGUCAUGCUUUUCUAAAUAUGUGUUCUAUGUUAACAGUGGCUAUAUCUAUAGAAACUUUGUAUGUUGUGUAUGUAAUCAUAAAAUCUCAGAUGUUGUAAGGAAACGCAAAAUAUCCAGUAAAGUCAAAAUUUGCAGAUAUGAUGUAAGUGAUAUGAUAUAUUAUGACUAUAUAAUAAGUGUCAUGUAUUUUAUAUAUGUCUAUAAAUCUGAACAAGAACAAUAUUAUCACCAAUUUGUUGUGAAAUCAGACAAUUAUUUCACUCAUUUCAUAUUCUCUGGAAACAACUACAGACACAUAAUGGUUUCACUCAUUUAAUAUUCUUCAUAAAAAGUAUAGGAACCAAAGCAACACAUUUUCUGUUGCAGUCAGUUAAGUUUCAUUAAGACAAAGGUUGUCGUACUUCCCUGAAAUGAUGGCAUGGGUAGUAACAUUACUUAUUUAUAAUUCAGAGAUGGCAACAAUGAGUGAAAAAAACACUGGUGAAUGUUGUUUGCUCUGUGGUUAUUAUGCAGAGAUUUUAGUCAUGAUGUUCAGCCAAAAUCUCUUUAAAAUGUUACUACUUUUUAGUUUAUUAGAGAAAAUAAAGACAGUUCAUGUCACUCUAAAAAUAGUGCAGUAAUCUUUCAAAUGAUUUAGUAUAUAUCAUACAUGUGUAGAUUACUAAAUGGUACUAUGUAUUUAUCCAGACAUUUACUGUGUGUAUCUUUUCCUGCUUUGGAUGUUGAUGUUGAUAUUGAUAUCGGGCUCACAAAAUGUUUGCAGUAAAUGACUGCAUUAUUGAAGUGGCACAACACUUUAUCUGACCUAUAUGGUAAUCAUUGAUGUGCUGCCUCUGACUUCUGUAGUGUGUAGUCUGUAAUAUAUAAGAUAUACAAAAUUCUGAAAGCUCUAUAAUAUCUUUUCUAAGGUGGAAAUUGUAACUAAGGUCUGCAAUUUAUAAAAAUAUAUGUGUUGUUUAUACAGGAUGAUUAGAAACUUUCUGAAAAGAUUGUAGGAAAGGUUGUGCUAAGAAAUAAUCGUUAAAAAAUUGGAGUUAAUGAGUAUUGAAAUUAGCCAGUCAGACCAUUGUGUGUGCAAAUACAAGUGGCCCACCAGAUACAAUUAGUUUAAGUUGUUCUCCUAGUGGAGGUAACAGCACAUGCGACUGUUCAGUCUUUGGAGCAGUUUUCAUCCACAUUACCCUUCCAUGUCCAAUCAUUGUAAAACUCUAUUGUUCAGUUUGAGGAAACAAAAUUAAGAACACAUUUAAUGGCACUUUUUCUGAUGGGCCACUUGAAUUUGCAUCUGAAACGGUCUGACUGGCUAAUUAAAUCAGAAAUGGUGCAACUUACUAAAUUUUUUACUCAACAAUUAUUUCUCAGCACAACCUAUCCUGCAAAACCCUUACAAGCUUUUCAGACUGUUUGUGGCCACCCUGUAUAUGUAUUUAGUGUACUGAAAACGUGGAAAAUUGUAGUUUAUAAUUAUUAUACUAUUUUGAUUUAGUUUGAUAAUUUAUCAUGAAGGUUAUUUGUAAUGUGAACCAAAGCAGUAGCUAUAAAUUGAAUACACAUACCCAUUCUGCAUUCUACUUUACACCUCUGCUUAAAAUAAAAUGAAAGAAAGAAAUUUUGGAGUGACAGAGCAGCCAGUACAGAUAAAGAGCUUUUAAACAUGAGAGAAGAGUUGAUUUACAAACAGUGAUUAACUACAAAAUUUGUCAUAGACUGUCAGCUACAUUCAGAUGUAGAACUGUUGUACUCCAAACAAAUACAGAAUAGGUGACUCAUUUAAAACCUCUAACUCCUAUAGUUUUGCAGCUGGUGAUUUUAGUAUUGGUCUGUCUAAAUUUAACAUGCAAAACAGCAUGCACUAUAAAUACUAACAAUGUACUGAAAAAAUGAAGGACAUGCAUAUAACAAAUAAAUCAUUUGUUAAAAUGUAGCUUUUUUAUUUCAAUACAUUGCAACUGUAAGUAACAAGUACAUAAAAAUCAUAGAUCUGAAUUUAAACUUAAGUACAAUUUCAAGAUAUAAAACUGCAUUCACCAGAAAUAUUAACUAUUUUUCACAUCUAAAAUAAAUAUACAGCAGUUUUUGUAAGUGAGAUUCCCUUACCAGGUAAUACUUCACAGUUGUUCAUAAUAGUAAACAUUUGUCUAUGAAAUGAACUUUUCAGGUAAAGUCUUUUUUAAUAUUCAUAUCAAAUUUCCACAAUAAUAUUUUUUAUUCAUAUCCUAAGAUUUUUCAUUGAAAACACACAAAGAACAUAUCUCAAAGGUAUCUGUGAAGAUCAUAAUAAGUAUCAUGUCUGGAUCUGUUCUCAUUUACAGGAUGUGAUUAACUUUAACCACAGAAACAUAUUUCUUAAUAACCAAAAAAGUAGCUGCAGUUGAAGGAAUUGGACACUAAUCGAAAAUUUCACUUAAUAGUACAUUAGAAAUAUGUUAAAUCAUUUCUUUAAGUACCAUACUCUCUAAAGAUAUAUUUAAAAUAAUCGUAAAAUGUGAGUAGGUGCUCUGCCUAUAACGGCAAGGAGUAUCAUUACAUAUAAUAUCAAUACAUAAAAUUAUAUUUCUUAGCACUCUUUGAUAUCUUAUUAACCAACAGAUUGUCGGUGCUACAAGAGUACUAAAGCCAGCCUGCAUUAAUCAUAUAAUAUGUCUUGUGUUAAUAAAGGAAACACACUUCUCUCUACCUCUAUUGAACUGACUAAUCCUGAAGAUAGUUUCAUGAAAUAUUAACAUACAAAAAUGAGUUGCUUGUGUAUUUCACUAUGCAUAAACAAAUGGUUCAGUUACAAAGUGUCUAUUGUAACUAACUAUUCUUUCAUUAUGGGUGAUCGUUUUUUUAUUGUCCUCUGAUGAUUGAAAAUGUGUUUCCCUUGUUUAUUUUGUAAUUUACUAAAGUUGCUGCAAAUUAUCCUUUCAUAACUAUUAUGGAAAUUUCGUAUUGUAAUUAGAAGAAUUCAGAAUUAUAAUACAUUACUAGAAACGUUUCUUUGCUGAAAUACUGACAAGCAUGUUGUGUGUGGUUUUUAUACUGAAUAGAUAAUAAAAACAAGUAUGAAUUUGCAUAAAAGAGUGUUUAAGUAGGCAUCUCAUUAUUAAAAGUGCAACACAAAUGGGAAUCCUAUAAAGUAUUUGAUUGAUAUACACUCUGAAUAAAUUGUAGGAAGUAAAAGUUGCUGUUUAUUACUAUUCUUAAUUCUGUAAAUUUAUUUUCAAUUUUGAACACUGAAGUAUUAUAAUAAUCUGCCAUUCACUUAUUUUAAAUUUCAUCGAGUAUCCGAUCUAUAUCAUUUCCCAUCUACACCUCUCUCUACAUACAAUGAUUCCAGUUGCUGCAUUAUUAUAUGCGAUAUGAAUUUAUACUUCGCCUUUCUCUAUUUCUCAGUGACUUCACAUGCACCAAGUUUUAAAUAUUCCCAAGUAAUAUCUCUAAUUUGGCAGCAAUAUGUUAACUACUGCUUAUUUUUCAUGUUGUUCUUUAAUACAUCUGAUAGUUCGAUUUCUAAUGAAUUGGGAAGUACAUAUGCUUACUGUGCUGCUACUGUCAUGCAAUCUUCACUGUAUAAUAUUGUUGUAACGUUGUUUAUAUCAUGAUGACCUUGUUGCAAACAGUUUGAACUAGCAUAAAGACAUAGAGUUUUUAUACAAAUUAACUGACUUAUUUACAGGCUUUCUCUUCUGAAUACAGAAUAUGUUGAAUAAAUUCCUUUUUUUUAAAUGGGAAAAUUCAAUUGUUGUAUUUAAGGUUCACUGUAAUGUAUCAUUUAUUUGAAAGUGGAAAUUGUGUUAGUGCUAAUAUUUGUUACAGAAUGAUAUGCUUGAAUCAAUUUACGCUUCAGACUUGACAUCUACUUGAAAUCAGAACAUAUGAUCUACCUCUGAAUGUAACUAUGGAGGCAAUAGGAAUGAGCAGUAUUUAUAUUUUUAUAAAUACUUUUCAGAUUUUAUUUGAAUUUUAUAUGCAUGUUUCAGUCUGUGUAUUUACUUCAUGUGCAAUAUUUUCAAUGUUGUUGAUGCAUACAUCAGAACACUAACUUCGUAACAUUUUAUAUGUAUGUUUCAGUCUGUUAUUUAUGUUAUGUGCAAUAUUUUCAAUGUUGUUGAUGCAUACCAUCAGAACACUAACAUCGUAAGAACUUCUGUGAAAGACAAGAAUGCCUAGAUAUACUGUUGUUAAUUAUUAUUAAAUGAAUGAAUAUCUGUUAAGUUAAAAUACUUUCCUUUAUCACAAAUUUUAAAUAUCUCAGAGCAAGUACAAAUGAGAGGUAGUGUGAAACUAUAUUACUGAAAUAAAAUCUACACAUCUGCAAUGAUCUUCAUCACAGGAAUGUGUAUACUGAAAUAAGUUGUAGAAUUUUGAAUGCAGAAGGAUUUGGAUUGCAUUUUGCAUGUGCUAAAUAAGGAUAUAACAAAUAUCUAUUACAACAGGGAAAUGUGUUCAAAGAAAGGAUCUGUUGUUAAUUAAUAGUGUAAUGUAUCAAAUUUCAAACAAAUAUUUAAAAUACUCUAAAAAUUGGAAGUUUGCAGAAUUAUUAGCAGAAAUCUGAAAGUAUUUGUGUGUCUUACCAGCAGAGCCAAUAAAAUCACAGUCUUGAUGAUGGCAGCAGGAGCAAAUAAGAGCUAGUAAAUUUCAAAUUUGGGUCUAGAGUUACUGAACUCAAUUACAAUAUUUGUCAUUGUUAACUUAAAUUUCAGUGGAAAACUCAGGAUUUGGAUAAAUUGUUAUAAAGGAUGUUCUACUAGUUUAGAAGCUGUAGGUUAACCUACACUAAUACAUUCUCACAAAUAACAGAAGGGAUUACUUUGUAAACAUAUGGUCAACAGUCUUAAAAUAAUACAUUUCUGGAACAUAGGCAUAGUCACAAAUAUAUUACAUCUCAGCUAACAUUUGUACCUUUCAAUGAGAAUGUACCUAUUAAGAAUGAAAAUUUUAUUCAAUUAACUGCUUUUAAUGAGGAAAACAGUAUAAUUUCAUUCAUUAAACAUUAUAAAGAAACAAACACUUAUUGAAAUAUCGCAGAUGGAUAUUAUUGUUUGAUAGUUGAUCCAAUCUUCAAAAAAUUUCUCUGAAUAGAACCAAGCAGGACAGUUUCAUUAAAAUAAAUAUGUAAUUUGAGUACAAACAUGGAAUUGUGAAACUCUGGUUUAGAGAGCAUGUUGAAUGAUAUUGGGAAGUUAUGUGUAAUUUGCUUAAAACAUGCAUUAAUUUUGUAUUAAGUUUGGUGGAGACUGUGUUCAAUACUUUUAUAUGCACAUGUAAAGAGUUUGAAUGACAUGGAGGUCAUCAAGCAUAGGGCCGACUGGGAAGAUACUGUGCUGGAAAGCAUAGAUAAAUAAGACAAGUGAGUAAGUCUCUUUUUCCAUUGUACCUUGGGAAAUGAUUAAUUUAUAACUGAGAGAUGCGAAAGCCUAAUACACAAUAUUACUAAUGAUAUACAUGACUGUCUUCUUCGCAGUUAUGCGUUUUCCUAAAAUAACAUUGAUUUAAAUGGAGGUAGGUAAGGCUAGGAAAAUGAUGUGCCAUGUCUUAAAGGCACUGAAUAUUCCUCUAUCAGAAAAACUGGUACCUCAUUGGAACUGAAUGGAAAUAUUAAAGAAAGAUUAGAAUUGAGUGUACUUCUAUGUUAAUUAAGAUUGUAGGGUGUAAUUGCCCACUUCAUCUUUUGACAUGAAUCGAAUUUUUUGAUGUUGAAGGAUGGUCACUGAAAACUCUUCCAAAACUUAUUUGUAAGAACGCAGUUUCUAGGUUAACUUCUCAUGAUCAUGGUUCAACCACACAGAAUCUUUUAAGGGACAUCAUAUUCGCCAUUGACUGUAGAAAUUAUUUAUUUCAUAAUUGCAAUUUCGGCCUUUGGGGCAUUUUCUAGUGGUACUGCAAAAUCUGAAAUAAUACAAAAUGAAGUAUAGAAUAUAUAUACAGAACUGCACAAACAUGUCAUGUAGGCAGUAGCAGGGGAAGGUGGGGUACAGUGUAGCACAAAAAUUAUUUUUUUUGUAACUCGAAAACUAUGUUUGUGAAUACAUUACUCUUUUAGAUGUUGUUCUGUAACAAUCAUAUAAAGCUCACAGACUCAGUGAGGCUUUGAAACUGUUCUAACUAUUUUGAAUAUUAAGUAUAAAUAUAAUUUGUUACAGUGUGUCCUUUGUUGGUUUUAGUUUUCUUCUCCUGUAUCAUCACACACUGUCUCAAAUGAUCCUCAAACAGUAUUUUAACUGGCUUAUCUCUUCUAAUGCUAUUUAUUACCCUCUUCCUAUUUUUUGGUUGCUCGUUCUUUCAUCAGCUCUAAGGAAACCUCGGAAAAUAUCAGGACCAACAGAGUGUUAGUAGAGUGCGUCUUCCCUAGCUGGUAUAUUGCGCAGAAGGGUCUUUCUGUGACUCGUGUUGACUUGCAUCAUUGUCAAUCGAUUCCAGAACAGGGAAUGCACUGUUCACAUCACUAUAACAUUGCUACAGUGAACCACACAUUAAACUGUUACGCUGUGCCCCACAGGACAGCUUUAUAUAAUUUUGGAAGUUUUUAAAAACGUACAGAGUAUUAUAUUAUUAUAAAAAUUUACUUCACAUACCUCGAAGCACAUUUUCAUCACCAGACAACAAAGACGAAUUGCAAUUGCUUCCAAAGUAUGCUGGCCAAAAGUGCUGCAAACGACAAUUGCAAAAAUGUUAAACCAAAAGUUAGAAACAUGGUAACUUAAAAAUCUAAAUGUUACACUACUAAGUCCCGUGUUACACUCUAUCCCACCAUCCCUGACAUUACAGUAAUGGUGAAAAUAAUACAUCACUUACAUGUUGUUUCAGUACUUAUCAGGUUUUAGAACCCUCCAACACGUGUACAUGUCAUAAUCAAAAAUAACCUUUUCACUGCAGGAAUACAAUAAUAUCAAACGAAUGGGAAGCUGUCUAUGUUGUGAAAUGAUGUAAAUGAUGUGAAGUAUUUCCUGUGUUAACACCCUUGACAUAAAUAACUAAAAAUCUAUGUGCUAACACUCUGUUUACUUGUGAACUAAGGCUGUUAGCGCGAUAAUACAUUCAUAUUCUGACUGCCCAUGCACUUGUCAGAGACAGUACAUUCUUGUGACAACAAUUGUAAGCUUCAUAUCAUAACAUCUUUUUACAUCUGUUUCCAAUAUACAGCUUUCUAUGUGCUGAUAUAGUCAUAAGGUGCAAGGAGACAGGAUAGACAAAUUUCUUUAUAACAGAGUGGAGUAGAUAUACGUGUGUUAUCUGUUGAAAUGGUCCCAUACAGACUUGGGUCUCACACUAAUUUGACUUUAAUCAGAAGUAUUUUAAGCUCUGUGGAAUUUAUUAUAAUACAUACACGUAUUUUUACAUGACUACAUUACCCAUUUUAAGGCCUGGUGAGAAGAGACAUACUGUAAUUGUGAGGUAGCAUCUUGUAUUUUAUAGUCCGAAUUUACAGUACUGUACUGUUACAUAGUUCCAAUGUAUACUUUUUCCUUUGUUGUUAUUUCAUCCCCUUGCUCUUUAUGUGCAGGGGCUGGGCUAUCAGUGAAACAAUAUUCCAUUCUUCAGUCAACAAAGUAAAAAAAAAGUGUAUAGCAAAGAAUGAGGAGAAACAUUAGGGAUGUUUUUCUGUUUUAAAUUAAAACUCAGGUACAGACUAGGAAAAAACGUAAUAUCUUCAUUUAAAGACACGUCACAUAAUGGUGAAAUCCUUCCAAGGAAAAACAUUGAAGAAUGGCACUUUCAAUUAAAAUCUGGGUGAGAAGUCUUUCAGGAGGACAGAAUAUGAUUCAUAUGGUUGAGAGGUGUGGGCAGAAAAGUUAGGGUUCAGUUAGGUAAGAAAAUAUGGAGAGGAAGGUAGAGGUUUUGGGUGGGUGGAAGGAAUACAGAAGGUGGGGAAGACAGAGGGUGAGGAGGAGUUUAGUGUGUGGGUUGGGUGUGGUAACAAGAGGAAAGGGAUGAGGACGUAUGGAGAGGGAAAAGGAGAGAGAAGCCCUAAUGUGUGUCGGGAUGGGUAGGAAAAGUAAAGUUCGUAUGAGAGGUAAAUGUUGGGGCUGAUUGCACUGUGUGCGAGAGUGAGUUGGUUGAAGUUUCACUGGGGUAUGGAGUGUGUACCAAUUUACGGACGGUGGGAAGUGGGAUUGUAAAUGCAAAGCAGUGUACACCCAGAAAGCUAUACCCUUGUCAGCACAUGUACAAAGACAUUGUGAUAUGAAGUUCACAAUUGUUAUCACUGGAAUGUACAAGAUGUGGCACUGACAGCCUGACCUGUGAAUGUUUUUUCUCGCCAUGGAAACAGUGUGUUAGAACAUUGACUCUGAGUGAUUUAUAUGAAAGAUGUUAACACUGGUAACAUUUCACAUAUGGUACACCAUUUAACAAUGUGUAGAGCUUUUCACUCGUUUGAUGUUAGUGUAUAUCUAAAGUGGAAAGGCUUAGUUUUGGCGACGACAUGUAUGCAUUAUGGAGUAUUUUAAAGUCUGACAUGUACUGAAGCAAAAUGUAAGUGAUGCAUUAUUUUCACCAUUUUUGUGUUUUCUACUGUCUAUAUGACAUGCUUGUGCAGGUCUGUAUAUGCAUUCUGUGCUUCACUUUCGUAGUAUUUUAGCUUUUGCACUACCAGUUGAAAAUGCCUCAAAGGCUGAAAUUGUAACUGUGAAAGAAAUAAUUUCUAUAAUCAAAGGAGAAUAACAUACAUUUAUUUUAUUUUUAGGAGCUGCUUGGGGCCCUAAAUUUGAGAAAUUGAUGUAUUACUGUGGUUAUCUGUGACACAGUCCUGGAAAGUAUGCUCUCAUAUCUUACCAAGCAGUACCACAAGUCUCUGUCUUAGAGAAUCUUCUAUGAAUUCUACAUGUUUUUCAAAGACUCUCAAAUGAUUGCUACACAGCUCCUCCCACUAAUUACAUUAUUUUCCUUUUCUUGCCAAUAUAGCUUCAACAAGCUCCAUCAGUACUACAGUGAUAAAUUUCUUUUACAUGCUUCAUGAUGAGUAAGAAUACUACUGAAGAUUUUUCUCCUCACUAUAAUAUUUUAAUUUAUUUUCUUUCUAUCGUCAUUAUUUAUUAUGUCAUGCUGUAUUUUCUGCCAGAAAUUUGUCCUAUCACAUUUCUCCCAGCGAACCUUAAGUUUCAUAAACUGAAAGCCAAAUAUUACCACUAUAAACUAGUGCAUCAUACCCUUCUUCUGCCUGACAGCAAUGAUUAUAUGAUACAUCACCAUUGAAACAACAUGUUUUAUAUGAAGUACCCUAAUGUUGUUUCCCUCUUCUCUCUGAUAUUCAGAUUAUUUCAAUAACUUUAUGCACAGAAGAAUUCAGCCUUUGUUAUUGUUUACUUAAAAACAUUUCUUAUGAACGUGACAAGGACCUGUGUUACUUUAUUUUGGUGUAGAUCUUUGGCUCACUUCUGUAUGCAUAAUUCUCCUAACUUAACAUUACUAAUCAUUUUGAAACAAGACAGGAGCUAAAAGUAAAUGUUUUACCUUGGACUUCUGGGAAAUAUGUUAUCUGAUUUAUACUGAGAAAUUACUCUAAUAUUCAAAUGCAUUGUCAUAGUAUAUUCAACAAAUUAGUUUAUUGUAAUAUUGGAUAAAACGAUUUCAAAAACAUUUUACAAGCCACCAAUACUCUUCCAUUCAUGUGAAUAUUGUCUUCAAUUUUCAAGAGAAAGUCAAAAUCUUUCACUUUUUUGUGCUUUUAUGAAUUACUUACCACUCUAUGGAGCUCAAAUGAAAGCUUGAAAAUUCAAAAAUACCUACAGAUUUCGGCAGAGAAAAUCCUAUGAUGAGAAACUUACUACUGUGUGAAUGAUGGACCAAGAAUCACAUAAUACCAGAAAUUAUAAAUAGUCAAUGGAUCGCAUCAUGAUACACUGUAUCCUUUAAGAUAGUUAACUUUUUUAUCUGAUACUCUUGCAAAAUGCAUACAUUAACUUCAGAUGCAACCUGUGAAUAAGAAUGGAUUAAUUUAACUGUAACAUUCCUGUUUUCUGUAUAGCAGUUUCUACUUAACAUUCAUUGGUAUAUAUUUAAAUUAAAUUAUUUACUCUUUCUAGCAAUCUUUCUAAUCAUAUCUGUUAUUAUUCUAAUACCUAAAAGGAUUGUGUGUCAUGUAUUAUUUUGUGUAUAAUACUUAUGUUCAUAAAAUAAAUUAAUGCGAAAUUGUAAUUUACAACAAUACCAUUACAAGAAAUGAAAUUUAUAACCAAUGACGUUUUAUGUUACAUUAAUAUAUUACUCAGAUUUUUUCUCUUUAUUAUGUUAAUUUAUUCUUCAUUAGUGUUAAUGUGUCAAUUUGACUGAUUUUGUGUAUUUGAAGAGAAAAUAAUGAUACUGUCUAAUCCAAUUUUUACAGUAGUUGAGGUCAGAUCAGAGAUAACAAGUGUGCGUGCUGCUCAGUGUAGGAAAGUAAUUUAUUUUCAGAUUUUAUUCGUAAGUUUGUAUCUCUUCAUCAACUAUAGAUUAGCUGAGUCUUUGGGCAAUUUUUGUAGUACAUACCAAACCUUUCACAAGUUAAAUGCAAAUAUUGUACCAAGGAAGGUUGCACAGUGGUUAGAUUAUGGAAUUCUCAUUCAGGAGGAUAAUAGUUCAUGGUUGGAUCUGCCCAUACUGGUUUAGGCAUUCAAUUUUUUUAAGUCCAUUAAGGAGGAUUCUGGGGUUGUUUCAAUGACAAGAACACUAAUGGUUUCUUUUGCCAUCCUUCAUGUACUCAAGCUUCUACUCUGCGUCUGUUGACCUACAUUACUGGGGCAACAUUAAACCCUAUGUUCAUUUUUUGUAAAUAUUCUAUUUAAGUGAAAGUAGUCAUUUGAAUAAUUACCUAUCAAAAUUUAAAAUUAGUUCAAUUUCCUGAUGAUUGUAUUUCAAGGCAUUCUACAGAUUAAUCAUUGAUACUUAAGUCUAUAUUUUACUCUCAACUAGCAUUUAUCAAGAAAUAUUGAAUGUGGUCCACUAUUCAUUAUUUCAUUUGUAGUUGUUUUCCUACUGAGAAAUAUUUUAAGAGACUCUACUCAUAUGAAGAUUGACAUUUCAUUGUCUCCAGCUUGUGAAUAACAUACCUACCUAUUCUGUAAAAAAAUGUAAAAGAUGUCAAAUUCUUUAAAUAUCGACUGAAACUAUAUUGAAAACACCUGACCACUGGUGCAACUUCUAAUGCAGUGAGACAGGCUACAGCCUGCAGAAUUUUAGUUGUCUAAAAUAAACCAAAGAAGUUGCAUGUACUCACCUCAGUGUAACAUUGUGUCACUGAGGACAUUAUUU